ACCCAUUAUACCCAUAUCUCCAAUCUUCCUCUCCUACUAUAAUAUUACAUCUCCCAACUCAAUUCUGCGAAGUUUUUCCUUCAUUAUUUCAUCUCUUCAUUUACAGCAGAAGAAAACAUAAAGAGAAUGAGCUGGGGUGGGGAAUGGAUGUGCUGCAGAUGCCAGCACUUGAACUUCAAGAAAAGGGAAGCAUGCCACAAGUGCGGCCGCCAGAAGUUCGGCGGCGAGUCGACUGACGAAUCGUCGUACGGGAGGCCGGCGGAGGAGGUCCUGCCCGGGGACUGGUACUGCUCCGCCGCGGGUUGUGGGGCUCACAACUUCGCGAGCAGGACAAGCUGCCGCAGGUGCAGUGCUCCCAAGGAUGAUUGCUAUUACGGGGAAAUGAUGGGCUCUGGUGGCAGUUAUGGGUGCGAUGGCAGCGGCGGCCGCCCCGGAUGGAAGACUGGCGAUUGGAUUUGCACUAGGCCGGGAUGUGGGGAGCACAACUAUGCUAGUAGGAUCCAAUGUUUCAGAUGCCAAACACCUAAGGAUUGCAGUAAGAACUCCUCCUUAAUUACUACUAGCUAUUGUGUUUCUCCCUAGAUAUAAAAACGGUUCAAUGCUCUCUCUCUCUCUCUCUCUCUCUCUCUCUCUCUCUCUCUCUCUCUCUCUCUCUCUCUCUCUCUCUCUCUCUCUCUGUUAAUUAGAAAUUAAGCUUAUUCUAUAUAAGCUACAGAUAACAGAAUAAGCCCAUCACUGACUAAUCCCAGAUCCAUUGAAAUUAAUAUUCUUUCCUAAAGUUUGACCUGAUCUGUCUACAUCCAUGCACUAUAUAUGCAUUUUGGUUUUUAAUUUUCACAAACCCUAAUUGGCAUAUUCCUCUUACAUGCUUGUUCAUCAGGUGGCGCGAUGUAGCUAGAGAGAAUUGAAGACAAGUAUUUGCGACAGAUGGAUCGAUGCAUGGACAUGCAUCAUCUCAUGGCAUGGCAUGCAGUUGAAUUAGCAUCCACAGUUUUAAUUUCUCUUUCUUUUUUUUUUGCAACCCCUGAUCCACAGACGUACACUAGCUCUUUUCAUUUUCUCUUUCUCCUGAGAAUAAUAAUAAGCUAGCUAGCUUUACGUGCCAAUAUUGCUGCAGCUGAUUGAAGCUAGCUAGGCCACAGUAUGCCAUCAGAAGGCAUAGCUAGCCACCAGCAAUUAAGGGGGCCUCGCAUUGUCCCAGUGUACCUGCAACUUUAUUCUCUUUAAUUUGUAGUAGUUCAAUGUAACGACAUGCAUGAAUUCCCUUCU